AUUGUUUAUCCGGCGCGUUUGGCCAUGGGCUGACUUUCAGCGGUCACGAGUGCAUGAUUGUCAGUUUGCGAUCGCGUGACCUCGCCCAACCGCUUGGAUGGAAGCGGACUUCCCGUCGGUGAUCCACUUGAAUGUGGGUGGACGGCGAUUGAUGACUACCUUGGCCACCUUGCAAUCAGAUCCGGACUCCAUGCUGGGUCUCAUGUUCAGCGGCAAGCACCCGGUGCUGCGAGAUGCGGAUGGCAGCUUCUUCAUCGACCGCGACGGCAGGCAGUUUCAUCACAUCCUGAACUACUUGAGGGAUGGGACGCUGCCAAUUGGCCUGUCCCGGGUUGAUCGACUCGAGCUGCUGCGGGAGGCCGACUUCUAUGGCCUGAAAGCCCUGUACAGCUUCAUCGGCGGGCCCACGGUGCAGGCAGCUAUGAUGACUGGUGGGGGGACUGGGCCCUGGCUUCGGAGCCUCUGGAAUGAGUUGGCCAAAGCGGAAGCUGCCGACUUUUCGGUGAACAGCCACAGUCAUCGAGUCUAUGCCCGACUGCGGUAUGGCCAAGAGUACAGCGGCGAUUGGAUCGUGUCAUCCCCAAGGAAUCUUCCUCACGUACAAUACGAGCUCUAUGAUGCGUGCCUGGCGCGCGAUCCGAUCACUGCUCUCAACAAGAUGGGUGCUGCUGGCUUCCGACCCUGCUUGGACCCCCCGGUGGUGCCGGCCAACAAUGCGUCGGUGCAAAACGACGAGUGGGAGAUCAUGAUGUACAAGGAUGUGUGCCAGUGAUCUCACAGCUGAGCGCCUGUCCGAGCAGAGUGCUCAUUUGAUCGCCGG